AUGGGAGGCGAGAACCAAAGUUACGUGGCUGAAUUUAUCUUGCUGGGACUUUCACAGGACCCCAAAAUACAAAUCUUAUUGUUCUGUGUUUUUCUGCUCAUCUACCUUCUUUCUCUGUUUGGAAACCUGUUGAUCAUAAUCCUUAUCCAAACUGACUCUCGGCUUCACACACCCAUGUACUUUUUUCUCAAAAAUUUAUCCUUGGCUGACCUCUGUUUCUCUACGAGCAUUGUGCCCCAGAUGUUGGUCCACUUCCUGGUGAAAAAGAAAACCAUUUCCUUUGCGGGAUGUUCAGUGCAGAUAGUGGUCUUCCUUCUUGCAGGAUGCACAGAGUGUGCCCUGCUGGCUGUGAUGUCCUAUGACCGGUAUGUGGCUGUCUGCAAGCCGCUGCACUACUCCACCAUCAUGACCCAAAGGGUUUGUGUCCACAUGGCCAUAGUUUCCUGGAUAAGUGGGGCAUUUGCAUGUUCAGUGGAUAGUGCCUUUACAUUGUAUAUCCCUUACCAGGGACAGAAUAUAAUUAAUCACUACUUCUGUGAACCACCUGCACUCCUAAAGCUGGCUUCAGCUGACACCUACAAUGCUGAGAUGGCCCUCUUUUUAGUGGGUGUGAUUAUUCUGUUAGCUCCGGUCUCCCUCAUCCUUGUCUCCUACUGGUAUAUUAUCUCCACUGUGAUACAGAUGAAAUCUGGGGAGGGGAGACUCAAGGUCUUCUCCACGUGUGGCUCCCAUCUCACUGUUGUAGUUCUCUACUAUGGCUCUGGAAUAUUUGCCUACAUGAGACCUAAUUCCAAGACAAUGAGUGAAAAGGAUAAGGUCAUAUCUGUGUUAUAUUCAGUUAUGACUUCCAUGUUGAACCCCAUCAUUUAUAGCCUCAGAAACAAAGAUGUGAAGGGGGCUCUCAGGAAGUUGGCUGUAAGAUAA